GGGAAAUGUGCCCAACAUUUUGACAUUUCUGACAGAUAAUCAACACAUUUUAUAACUUGACAAACUUCAAACUGUUCUUUGUUGUUAGAACAUGAAUAAUGUAAUUAUUUUACUUAUUUGUGUCGCAUUAUACGAUAAAAUGUCAUCUCUAGUUAGUAAAUCCCCGAUUCACUAACCCCAAAAAUAGUAAAAUAAUAUGAGUAAGAGGUAAUUGUCUUGUGCUCAGUGACCCGUAUGUUUUUGUGUCAACACCAGUGAAUGAGUCAGUUAAAUAUUUACUUCCGACCAUGUCUGAAGCAAAAGUUCGCGACAACGAGGCACUGCCAAAGGGCCGAGUCACCGAAGUGUGCCAGGAAUGGAUGGUGCGUGAAGAUGGGGCCCUGGCAUACCGCCUCCAGAACCAGGAGAUCACCGAACACCUCUCAGGUAACAAAUAUCGCAAUGCCCUAGUCCGCGAAGACUUCCCUCGGGCCAAAAGCGAGCAACUCAGAGAACAGCAGCUGGCCGAACAGACGGCCCUAAUUUACCAGCGGAUGUUGGCCGAACAAGAGGAGCAAGACAAUCAAGUGGCUAAGCAGCUCGCAGAGGAGCUGGAGCGAGAAGAACGCCAAAAACGUAGAUUUAUCGAAAUUCAGGACCAAAACGUUGCCCGACAGCUUUUGCACAGGGAGCGAGUCAGUGUUGAAAGACACGCACUUUCGCCCCAGAGGCCUCCGCCCCCUAGGAACUACGACCAGAAUUUGUCGCCCCAUCGGCCCAAUUCCGCCAAUUAUCAGGCGAACUUGCCGAGAAGACAGGCCAAGCCUAUGCCUCUGCCUUCGGAUUUGUACACGGAGCCCUAUCGCACACCUGAGGCUUUAACCUCACAGUUGGAGCGAAUCGACAUCGCUGAAGUGGGGCUCCCUCUAGACGAACUAACCGAACGUCAAAUUCAAGAAGAGCGCGACGCUGAAUUGGCCCGAAAAUUGCAGGAACAAGAAGGCAGUUUGGAAGACACUUUGCUAAAUCGCGAUCGAAUGCUCGCAAUCGAAGCGCAGGACAAAGAACUGGCAAAGAUGUUGCAGGAAAGGGAGAGGAGCAAAGCCCGAAGGGCGCGGGAAAGGGCUAAACAGAAAGCCCUUGCUAAAAAACAGCUCGAAUCUCAACAGUCCACUGCCAAUCAAAUCAUGCCAGACGAUGCGUAUUCGUAUCCAGCUGACAUGAUCCCGCCUAGAGCCUCAGUGCCAAGAAACCAUCCGAUCAUAUCAGAUACAUAUGCACUACCAAAUCAGAACGAAGAUGAUAUUAAUUACAGUUUACCUGCUGAUGUUCUACCAUCACAUAAUUUAAUCGACAAUAAUGUUAAAUCAAAUUAUAGUCCGCAGAAAAGCUACGAUUCACGUUAUGCCUUAGGUGAUAAAGUUUGUAAUAGUACUGACUCAAGUAUUCGUCCGUCCUUUGAUACUGAUAGGAAUUUAGAUGGGCCUCCAGCCGUACGACCGACUCAAUUGGACUUGAAGUCGCCCUUGAACCGAAUCAAUAAACCCAGAUAUCCGGAACCAGAAGGCUGUGAUAAUGCAAGUGGGCUGUCGCCCAAUUCGCAACAUAUCAACAUAGCCAUGGCUAUCGACCCUACAUAUCCCAAAAGAGGAAUGCAUUCCUCGUCCAGCUAUGAAACUACUUCAAGUACUGUAACUACAAGUACUUCCAGUAGUAGCCCUGGUAUGGUUUUACCGCCCCCUGAUAUCUCAGAACUAGAUGAUGAAAACAAUAUUCCACCCUAUAUGCCAAUCCAAGGCCAACGCAGAACCGCCUCUUUGGAGAAAAAACAAAAGAAAAAGAGCAAAGAUGGUGGCUGUAAACAGCAAUAGGAUAUUUUUUAUUUUAAUUCAGUUUGUUGUUAUUGUGAAACGUUUGAUAUUUUCGUAAGCAGCUCCAAAUUGACAAUAGGUUAAUAUCUAUUUAUAUUUUUAUUAUUUAUAGUUACAUAAUACCAAAAUAUUCAUGCUCAACGUAUAUGUUAAGUAAUAUAUUUACACUUUAUACUUAGUAUUAAUUAAUUUGGUAACAGGUUUUACUUUUUUGUACUUUUUACAAAAUAAAGAAUUUUCAAUGUUAA